ACUUACGCAGCAGGCGAUAAGGGUUUUACGCGUGAAAAUAUAGCGUGAAGAACGCACAUACCCCAACCAUUCGCAUUCAGGAAAGUACGAACGAACGUUAUUAAGGAUGCUCCUCGUGGACGAUACCGAACCGGCUUAAUGGAUUCAAUGUCGAAGGAUUUCAUUUAUCCAACCAAUGUGUAAGUGCGUGUUUUCCAAGAAGAACGGACUGGCAGACGACAGAAGAAGGAGAAAAUUUCCGGGCGGUGCGAUAGUCUGUCUCCCGGGGGAAGAACCCAAUACGAACGAACUAGACUUCGAAAUCCAUGGCAAUAGCUGAGGAGCGUGCGUGAGCGCGCGCGCGCGUAAUAUCGCAAACGCAUUUAUACUAUAUGCGUGCAAUAUGCAAGAACGUUCACACGCACCUCUAUACCUUACGAACCUUCCCAUUGCACGAUGCACUAAUCACGGUAAAAGCCAUAGCUCGCGUCCGUUAUAUCCGUUAUCCGGCUGUGUCUUGCCUUACUUAAUGGAAAUAUGAGAGGCGUUACACUCGUCUGGUGACACGUCUAUCCCGUUUUUUUAUUUCUAGUAAUACCGCGGGGACAUUGUUCUACAAACACGGCCGCCGCUGUGUCAACGCGCCGCGUCAACACGGCGUCGAGAGACGUCUCAUCGUCGCAGCGCGCCGCGAAGCCUCGACCUCUACCCGAAAUUGUAUUCGCACUCGCGAAAAACACCACACGGCCAAUACUAAUCGACCGCCUAAUCGAAACGCCAUGAAACAGAUUCUAGUCCUCGAUAAGAAAAAGCAUCGAUCGCUUUCGCGCAUUCCAUUCAUGGUGCUAAAUCUGCAAAUGUACCGCUGCGAUAAAGAGAUCGUCAUUACGAUUCUGUAAUUACCAGGCACAUGGAUAUAACGUCAGAGUCAAUUAAACGCGACACCGGAUAUCGUUUCGGUUUUGCAUGGUGCACACUGCGAUCGCAUGGCGUUUUCAAGAUUCGAGCUCGACUAGUCGUGUCCACCUGUGAGCGGUGCAGGGCAAAUUGUGAUUUAUGCGGCCAACAUGUUGCCGACUGACGAAAGAGAAUUGUGGACGUAAUGAGUUAUGGUGAGUCGCGGCUUAAUGCAAAUAUAUGGUCCGUUGCCAUGUAAUCAGCCAGUCGCUUGACAUCAUGCGUGUGUGUGCACGACGGAAGAGAACGCGUUUUACCAUGGCCUGCGAAUCAAACUUUUCUUCCAUGCGAGACCAUGCGUUUAACGGGGGCGUAGUAAACGUAGUAUCGCCAGUAAACGUUUCUCCACAGCGUUCGCUGGCAAUCGCGCUAUCGUCGCCUAGCUUCCUUAUCCGCCCCAGAACCCCUCAUUCGAACGAUAUUGGCAUAUUUUCUGUGUAACUUCAAGGGUGAACGAAGGCCUAGACACCCUUCGCUACCGUGGAGAUCGCGCCGCACUGACGAUAAACCCGUAGACAUGAAACACGGGGCGCUAUGGGUACCAGGCGUUGCUGAUUCACCGAUAGUUUCGACUAUGUUUAUUAACGACGAGUAAUAUUCUUAGAUAAAUGCGACGAUAUUCGAAGCGUGAACAGGCAUCGCCCCGCAGGCAAAUAGUGCGUGAAAUGGAAACGCAUGCAAAUUGCAACGAGUCAACCGGUAAACUACACGUUAACGUUAACGCGUGUUAGUACGUUACCGUGCGAUAUAUAAACGAGCAUACAUUUUCCGUUCGAUGUCGACGCGCGAUUUCCGCUGUUCGCCAACUCGAAACGUCGCCCGAGAAUCCAAUAACAAAACGCGAACUAGUUUUCGAAGAGCGGUGCGCAGUCGCCGCGAUAGUAAGGGUCUCCAGGGCUGUGAGCUCGUUGAAACCAACCCUUGAUAGGUGCACUUUUGGGGUAGCCGGCAAGCCCCCUACGCUAGUGACUGUGCUUCAAGCCUCGAGUGCCCAGCGAGACGCGCAAGAGCGAAGGGCUGUGCGUAUACCGGCUGUGUCACGAGACGAACUACAUCCAAGAUGAAAUUUCAAAUAUUCCACGCUUCGCGUUUAAUCCUCUUUUUAAGGAGAACCUGUACACGUAAUCCCUGCGAUGCUCCAGCGGAACUUCCUCUUCCUCAAUGGCAGAAAAUACGAUACCGUACCGUAAACUUCUGUUUUACGAUUGAAAUAUCCAUAUCGUGAUCUUAUUCUUUACGAACGUUUACCUACGUGAAUUUUAUGGUCCGUCGAAGAGUAUCGGCUGAUGAAACAACGACACCAUAAGGCUCCGCUUUUAAGCCGAGAUUGCCUGUGCUUUGCGCCGGAAGCACACGUGUUUCAAAGGCGGCUCGUCGUCGCGUCUAUAAAGAGCAAAAAAAAAAGAAACAGAACUCCUGCCGCCACGCUAGAUUCCCAUCUGUGACGGCGCGUCGCCCGGAGAAUCGCGGCGAGACGAAGAAUUAUGAAAACUACUUAAUUCGUUGCUUCCAAAAGGGCACGAAACUCGAACGAAUUGCAGACAAGGAAACUGCGUUAUUGAAACGUGGUACCUUUGACAAAAGAGCAUCUAUCGUUGGUCAUAGUUCAGUUUGUCUCGAAGGAACUCUCUGAAUCGAUACGAUCGUUGAACUGUACAGAUUUUAUCAGAAUUCUGCCACACGUAGAAACGUCUCGCCUCGUAUGAAAUCGUCGUUGAGAAAUAAACACAAUAUCUGCGAGGUAUAUGCUUUGUUUGAACUGUCGUCGAUGUCGCAGUGAGAACGUACGACAGACGAUCGUGCGAAACGCACAUCAUUAGCGCUAUAUAAAUAAUCGUACUGGCCUGUCGUCGUAUUAGCCUGUUUCGUCGAGCGAAUGCGCGUGAAAAAUAAUAUCGUGCCCAUUACGAUAUACGCAUAUGCGUGGAACAGAAAAAAGGAAUAAACGGGUUUAAAUGGCGGGUAAUUAAAAACCGGGAAGUAAAAUCAGCCGGGGUUACAGCUCAUUAGUUUUCAGCGACGAAGAACGGUAACAGAGGCCGCGAAAACGUCCGUUGAAUGCCGGAUAUAGCAGACGCGUUAUGUCAUCGGGCGCACACAGCCGCAGGAAGACGCGUGUACGUGUCCCGCGGCGGCGUUAAUUGGCCCCGCGAUGAAUAUUACAAAAUACCACAGCCUGAAAGGAGAGGCACCGCUUUAAUUACAAUAUAAUGCGUGUCGGCCGAGCUCCUCGCGUGAAAGACCGAUACCUUCUGUCUCUUAUUACGCUAUUACGCGACUGCAGGCAACACCUCGCUUUCAUCAAAUUGCUUAAUAUGGAAAUCGUUCAAGAAAGUUUCAUUCCAGCCGGAUUCAUUCGAGGAGGCCGAGAUGAAGCCAAACGGCAUCAAGGAUCGCGCGAGCAUUGCCUUCAACUAUGCCGACGUUGAUGGAAGGGGAUCUUUGAGCAAACGAGAGUAUAAAAUAGCGAUGACUGUUGUCUUCGGAUGUCGCCCGAACAAAACGGAAGUGAAGCAGAUUUUUCAGUCUACCGAGAGAAUUCUGUACGGAGAGUUUGAAUCAUGGGUGUUCAAGAAGAGUAAAACGGAUGAUUCAUACGUUAAUGCAGAAUUAUUAUUCGCUUUACUGGAUAAGGAUCAUAAAGGAUAUUUAAUAUUGGAUGAUUUCUAUUCUGCAAGCAAGUCUGUCAACUUGAAAGUAUUACCGACAAUGUGGCAAACGAUGUUCAAAGAAUUAGAUCGUUACAAAAAAGGAUACAUCGAUUUUUAUGAAUUUUUACGUAUAUUACCGACAACAUAAGAGGUAGUCUGACUUAGUACAAAUAUCUUAAGUAUAAAACAAUAAAAAAUCAAAUAUUUUGUCUUGUAUCGUAAUCUCCUAGUACGUUUACUAAAUUAACACAUUAUUUAUAUUCUUAUAGAUUAUAUUCGUACGAAAAUAAUUAUGAUUUAUAGGAAAAAAUACCGAUUUCUUACCGAUGAUGUACAAGAUGCGUUAUGCUAUAUACGGUAAAAAUAACUAAUACUAUGACACAUUAUAAGACCACGUACUUGUAAAAAGUUCAUU